UAAAAUAUAGGUGAUCAUAUUUCAACAGUUAAAGAUAUUCAUGCUACACCCGGCUUGGACGUUUGCCCGCGGAGAUAGCAUUUAAGGCUCAUUCGAACAUUAGUCGUCUUUGUGUGCAAACAGUAUCAACCUCAUGUGUCUUGACUAGUUAGCAGUAAUGGAGCACAAAGUAAUUCAAGACCCAAUUCUCGUGGUGGCUAUUGAUGUGGGAUCUACACAUUCUGGCUAUGCCUGGCAAUGGAGAAGCGCUUUCAAGGCAAAAGGGAGUGUGGAAUUCAACACAAACUGGGGAACAGGCGCACCUCAAAUUCACAAGACCAGCACAUCAUUGCUACUGAAAUACACCGAUGACAAAAAGGAACUUCCAAGCGUUGUGGCAUUCGGACACACCGCCGAAAGUCAGCAUGCACAUAUCCAAUCAGACAGUCAAUACCAGAAGGAAAAGCAUCACUAUCAACUUUUUAAACGAUUUAAAAUGCUGCUGUAUGAAUUGAAUAAGUCGAACAAAAGUACCGAUGUGCAGACGGAAAGCGUUGACGGAUUCCCACAGGAUAUUUUGACAAUAAUGUUUCUGUUCAUUAAGGCCCUCAAAGAAGACUUCUUGAACAAGAACAAGACAUUUGAUACUGAAGACGUUAUGAAUAAAACCGUGUGGGUCGUUACGGUGCCUGCUUUGUGGUCUCAGACAACCAGAGGUUUUAUGAGAAAAGCAGCAGAAAUGACAGGUAUUGCUGACAAUAAUCUUCUAUUGGCGUCAGAGCCUGAAUGCGCUGCAGUUUAUUGCAUUCACCUACCACAGGAGCAGCAAAUCAACAUGUGCAAUCUUGGAAUGCCUGGAACCAAAUUCUUGACUGCGGAUAUUGGAGGUGGCACGGGUGACUUGUCUGCCGUUGAGGUUCAAAGUGACGGUAAAUUGAAAGAAUUGUGCAAUGUUGCGGGAGAGCGCGUUGGUGGGCAACAAGUAAAUGAGGCUUUCUCUCAAGCCAUGUACGACAGCUUCGAAGGUAAAACGGUACAGCAGCUGUUCGAAGAAGCAACGCCGUUUGAAAUAAUGAAGUUGGAGCGAGAAUUUGAAGCAAGCAAGCUUUCAAUCAUACCAGAUUCGUCAGAGGAGAAAAUUAAAUUAUCUACUCCAAAACUUGUUCGUGAAUAUAUUACUAACAAUAAAAUUAAGUUCGUAGAUGGAGCACCGAUUUCAUACAACAAAAACGAAGAGACACUUGAAGUAAAUCGAGUGUUCGUUCGUGAAAAAUUAUUUAAAACGCCGUGUGAUUUAAUUAAUGCGACCAUAUUGAAGGUGUUAAAAGAGCAACCUGAAAUCAAGAUUGUUGUACUAGUUGGCGGUUUUGCGGAAUCAGGUAUUGUUAAACAAAAUGUGGGAGAUAAUAUUAAGAAAACAUUUCCAGAUGUAAAAGUUGUUGUUCCAACAUCUCCAUUUCGUGCUGUUUUAACGGGUGCUGUUUUAUUUGGACACGACCCUUUCAUUUACAAGAGUAGAAUCAGCAGAGCAACAUAUGGCGUUCGUACAAAUACAAUAUUUAAAGAAGCAACGCACAAUCCAUCGAAGAAAUGGUUUGAUGAGGAAAAUAAGGUGCAUCGAUGCAAAGACGUGUUUGACAUACAUGUCAAGAUAGGAGAUUCAGUUUCACUCAACGAAGCCUUAGAAGCAAAAACUUACACUCCUCUUUAUAAGGCACAGAAAGAAAUCAGUAUUCCAGUGUACGAGUCUUCGGAGGUUGGACCAACAGAUGGAUCUGUAAUGUAUACAACGGAUAGUGGCUGCAGGGAAAUUGCUAAUAUUAAAGUUGAGAUUCCAACGGCAGAAGAAUCAAGCAAACGAGGGGUGUCCGUCAGAAUGAUAUACGGGGGCACACAACUCUCCGUAAUUGCUGAGUGUGCACAUAAUGGCAAGGAAUGUCCUGCAGUAAUACGCUUUAAUUAACACUGCCUGUGUGUAUCUAAGGUGACAAUGUGCGAAUCCUGUUUUGUUUCGUUUAAAUGAAUGUCCUGCACUGUAUAUGUUUUCGCAUUAAAAGGCGAUUGGUAUUCUGUAAUUUUAACUUGACUUUUUAGAUAAGUAUUAUUAACCUAGACAUGAUUUUGAAGGAGUGAUGUUAUCCGAAGCUGUCAAUGGUACAUUUAAAUAUAACGUACUAGAAAAUAAACAUUGAACAACCUUUUUUUAUUUAAAUUUCGCGUUUUUAUAUAAGAACAGCAUUACCUUCAUAGCAAAGUACUUUUUCUCGAUAUUAUAAUAACCAUAAAAGAAUUAUAAUUUGCUAAACAUCACUACGCAUGUAACUUUAAGGGCCUACAAAAUAUACAUUCUACCCUAUGACAAACAAACGCUUUCACUUAAUCAAAAGAUUGAAUGAAAAGGAAAAGUGUAUUAAUUUGAAAUCGAUUUAAACACCGAAUAAUUAUAUGAAACAAAUGUGGCAAGACGACUUCAAGUUUUCAUAUUCAAGGUUUUAAUUUUCGUCUUAUUUUUAACAUGUACUGGAGUUGUGUGUAUUAUUAAUUGUGAAUAGAUAGUGACUGUCCAUUCUAGUUAACGAUUCAUUGGACAAUCGAUGCUAUUAUUAUUGCAAACGAUUAAUUAUUAGGGAAUGUACGUGUUUAUUUAUAAAAAAUAUGUCUAUAUAUUUUAGUUCAAUGUAUUUCCAAACCACAUGUACAAAAUAUUGUAUUAUGUAAACUAUAGAAAUAAAAUUACGAUUAAAAUA